GCCGCUCUAGCGACCGGCCACUGCUGGUUCAGGUACUGUCGGAUACUUGGUGGGGACCUCUCGCUCACCGGUGACGUGGGGUAGCACAUCCAGGGACCGAUUUUACGCCAUCUUGAUAGCGCCUCAUUCCUCAUUAUCACCUGUAACGUACACCUACAUCUCACACGCGCAAAAACACCAGCAUCUCAUCGUUUCACAUCACACAGAACCGCGCCAUGGCAUCAGAAUCACCCGCCCAGCCAGCAUCUUUACCGCCACUGGCCUCGGGCAUCCCCAACCUCAAAGACAGAAUCCCAAAGCUCGAGCCGCGCAGAAGGAGACCCGGCCCCGCCAACGCAACGCCUGUUCCUCAGACCCCAGCACUGCCCUCGCCACCGGACUUGACGGGCUGGAGCUUCAAGAUUCCAAGCAGGCGCAUUCUUUCACGGAGCGACCACGACUUAUUCUUAGCUUCCCCAACGUAUAAACUCAUCGCCGCAUGGGUCUUUGGCCUGUCAGAAUCGGUGGUGGAUACGCCCAAAUCCGUUAUCAAAGACGACUCCCUGAGUGAAGGGGUCAAGGCAAUCUUAAGCAUUUUGGACCAAGCAGAAGCUUUCGUCUCUCAAUCUCCUCCAAACGAGCAAGGCGGCUCUCGCUUCGGCAACAAAGCGUUCAGGGGCUUCCUCGAUCUUGUCAGUGAAAAUGUCCCAGCGUGGCAUGAAAGCCUUGGCAUACACAAGGCCGAGGCUACCGCUGAGGCGUCUGCCUACUUUCUCCAGUCAUUCGGCAACCGAAACCGUAUCGACUAUGGAUCGGGGCACGAGCUCAACUUCAUGAUGUGGCUAUUGUGCCUGUACCAGCUCGGCAUCCUACAGCGGUCUGAUUUUCAGGCCUUGGUCCUGCGAGUCUUCGUUCGAUACCUCUCUCUAAUGCGCGUCAUCCAAAUGGCAUAUUACUUGGAGCCGGCCGGCUCCCAUGGAGUUUGGGGACUCGAUGACUACCAGUUCCUGCCUUUCCUCUUCGGCGCCUCUCAGCUUCUGCAUCACCCGUACAUCACCCCUCGCGCCAUCCACCAGGAUCUCACAGUCGAAGAAUUCGGUGAUGACUACUUGUAUCUCGGCCAAGUCAAUUUCGUCAACAGCACCAAGACAGUCAAAGGCCUACGAUGGCACAGCCCCAUGCUGGACGACAUCUCUUCCUCCAAGUCAUGGUCCAAAAUCGACGGAGGCAUGCGCCGCAUGUUCGUCGCCGAAGUGCUCGGAAAACUACCAGUCAUGCAGCAUUUCCUGUUUGGAUCCCUCAUCCCUGCCGCAGAAGGCAUGAGCGAAGAAGAUCCGUCUGCUGCUAAUGAGGACAGCGGUGAGGAUCACUCCAACCACGUUCAUACCGGCCAGGCUCACGAUGGCACGGGUUGGGGCGAUUGCUGCGGCAUCAAAGUGCCCAGCAGCAUCGCAGCUGCUCAGGAGAUGAAGAAAGGGCAUGUGGAAUCGCUUCGUAGAAUCCCUUUUGACUAAUGGCAAACAAUCAACUAACUGAUGUCCUUGUCACUUAAUUAGAGUAAUAUAGGAAUAUCGAGAAGAGACUUUUGAAUUGCCAACAUGCAC